AUGCGUUUCCUAUUAUUACUACUAUUGUGGUUAUUACCAGAAGUUUCUUCGAAUUUUAUGAAUAUGCUGAUGGGUUCAUCUGCAACUACACAACAAUACAGUGCUUAUGGAGAACAUUAUUGUUUAAAGUUUGAUUCUCUUGUAGUCUUCUUCGAAAAAGGUUGUCCGUCUUCCGGUUGUGUUCCUCCUACAAUAGUUCCACGGACAUCUGGAUUCUGGCCCAAUUCGGAUAUAUUGACUGGUCUACAAAUUGAACAACAAUCUUCAAAUCAAAACCAAAAUUCGAACCAAAACUCAAAUCAAAACCUCAAUCAGAAUCAUAAUUCGAACUCAAACUCGAAUCAGAAUCAAAACACAAACAAUUUUCAACAAGAUGCUUCCAAUAACGGCCAACUUCCAUCUGGGUCAACAGGUGGUAAUAUUCCUGGAAUUCCAUCUGGAAACUCUAAUUCACAACCAGUUAUUUACAUUGCACGUGCUGGAUCUGAAAAGUACAAGUAUUCUGAAGGUACAAGUCAACAGAGUCCAUUUGGACACGGACUUGGAAAUAAUUUGAACAAUGACGGAACGGGUUUCCAGAGUCAGAAUCCAUUCGAAAUAGGAGGAAGUCAAAAUUCGAAUCAAAAUUUGAAUCAAAAUCAGAACUCGAAUCAAAACCAAUUCGGUAGUCUCAAUUCUUUCCAACCGAAUCAGAACCAAAUUUCAAACUCUGGAUUUCCAACAGGAUUCUCUAAUAAUCAGAAUCAAAAUUCAAUGAAUUCCGGUCAAGGAUCUGCACAAUCGGGGCUUCAAAACAAUGGAGCCUCAUCUGGUUUCUUCGGAUCAUCUGGAGGAUUCAAUGCUAAUCAAAAUUCUCAAAAUGGAAACACUCAACAAGGGAAUACUGGGAACUUCGAUGGUCAGAAUGUUCAAAAUCCAUUCGUAUCCGGAAACAGUCAAAAUAAUCAAAAUGUGAAUACACAAGGACAAGGAUCGUCUGGAAUGAUGCAAGGACAAAACAGUCAAUUCGGAAAUGCAAAUCAGAAUAUUCCGUUCGGACCGAAUAUUGUUCCAACCAACCCUCAACAGAUGGGUCCACAACCAUUUCAACCAAUACAGCCCGGCAGCGACUCAGUUCAAUAUGUUGGUGGAGGGUCCGGGACAGGACAGAUUGGAACAAACUUUCAAGGAGGAUCAGUAUCAAUGACCGAUGAAGCUCAACAGAUUGCAGUUCAGAUUCAGGCAAUUCGUGAUAAUUUAAGCAUCACAAGGGAUGAAUCCAACUAUCUGAUAAGCCAACUCAAAGCCAGUCUACCACAAGAAAUUCAAAGUCAAUUACAAAUGUUUUAA